GCAACUCUCUCGAGGCAUGCGGCCAGCAGAUGAACGCUUCUGCAGACACACAUCACGUCACUACGCACGCGAUCGAUGCUAUAUCUCGUUCUUCCUUGACGAUCACAGAACCAGCCGGUUGAUGCAGCAUCUUUGUCAGCCGCAGGAAAAGCCUCUGAAACCGCUGAUCGCUGCCUGCCCUCGGUCGCUUACCGUGCUCGCCUGCUUUCCGUCUCCUUGUGUUCUCAGCGGGACGACGUCGUGCGCGGCCCGGCGUCGAUCGCCAAUGGCGUGCAAGGUGAAAGGGAUCUUCAAGGGCCUCAAGGCCUUCUCCCGGAUCUUCGCGGUGAAGGAGCACGAGAUGGAGAUCGGUUGUCCGACUGACGUGAAGCACGUCGCGCACAUCGGCUGGGACAGCGCGGCGGGCGGCGCGUCUCCGAGCUGGAUGAACGACAUCAUGGCGUCCUCAGACUUGUCGUCCCUGGGCAACUUCGCAGCGCUCACUGGUACCUCCUGGGUUUCUCAAGAUCUCGACAGCCAGCAGCGUGUCGUCGCGGAGAACACCGGCAGGCGAGACCACUCGGCCAGGUGCCCCGAUAUUACAAGGCCGCCGAGGAAUCCCGGGACGAAGAAGCCGAGGGACGGCUCGCCGCCGGCGUCGCCACCGUCACCGGCGGCUCGUGUCGACGCUGCUGCAGAUGACGCGCGAUAAUCUGAACUGUGUUGCUCCGGCCUCCCUCCAUUCCGAGUUUGUGUACGCGAGCGCGAGGCUACAAAGAGUCAAAGAUUGCUUGUUUGGUCGUCGUCUGAUCGCCCCCAGCUUUGGCGUCAAAGUAUGUACUAUGUGUUUAUGUUA